AGUUAACAUUAAAAUCUAACACACAGCUCAACAUUCAUUACUCUCUCUUUUGUUAUUUCCAAUUCCUGAUCACCUUCCCACACACGUAAAAUAUGUCGUCGUCGUUGUCAUCUAAGACACUUAACCUUCUGGGUUUUUUUUCCGUCGUAAUAGUUCUACUGUUCUUCAUUUCCCAUGGUCGCCCCUUGUCAACAGAGCAUGAUCAACAUUCCUCGUCGUCAUCGUCCAAUACUAUUUUAGUUUUUGGAGACUCCACGGUUGACCCUGGUAAUAACAACUACAUUCCUACUCUGUUUCGGAGCAACUUUCCUCCUUAUGGAAGGGAUUUUUUCAACCACCAACCCACCGGAAGGUUCACCAACGGCCGCCUCACCACUGACUAUAUUGCUUCAUAUGCGGGCAUCAAGGAGUACGUUCCUCCAUAUUUAGACCCAAAUCUUGAGAUGAAGGAGCUAUUGAGUGGUGUCAGUUUUGCUUCUGCUGGUUCUGGAUUCGACCCACUUACUUCUACCAUUAGCAACGUAAUUUCAAUGAGCUCUCAAUUGGAAUUACUGAAAGAAUACAAGAAACGGGUAGAGUCGGGGAUUGGGAAAAACAGAACGGAAGCACACAUGAAGAAGGCAGUAUAUGUAAUCAGUGCAGGAACAAAUGACUUUGUUGUCAACUAUUUUCUUCUUCCAUUUCGACGCAAAAGUUACACUGUUUCUUCUUACCAGCACUUCAUUCUUCAACUUCUCAUCCACUUCCUUCAGGGGUUAUGGGCGGAAGGUGGAAGGAAAAUUGCGGUGGUUGGGCUGCCGCCAAUGGGGUGCUUGCCGGCGGUCAUCACGUUGAAUUCCGACGACACGUUGGUCCGACGACGGGGUUGCGUGGAGGCUUAUUCCUCCGCGGCAAGAACCUUCAAUCAAAUCCUUCAAAAAGAGUUGCAGUCUAUGCAGUCAAAGUUAGCCGAAUCCGGUGCUAAAUUUUACUACGUUGACUCUUAUGGCCCACUUUCCGACAUGAUCGCCGGCUUUAACAAAUAUGGGUUUGAAGAAGUUGGAAAUGGAUGCUGCGGGAGUGGAUACGUGGAAGCUGGGUUCUUAUGCAAUACCAAAACCGAGACGUGUCCUGAUGCUUCUAAAUACGUAUUUUGGGAUUCCAUUCAUCCAACCCAGAAGGCCUAUUACAAUUUAUUCCUCGCUACCCGUCCAAUCGUCGAUGCUGUAAUCUAAUAUAACAAACCCUAAUUAAAUAUAUAUAUCAUGAUACACUCACUUUGUAGAUUGUACAAAAAAUACCCAUGAAAAGUAGAUGAUAUUUUAAAAUUCUGAACUCUUAAAUUUUGAAAUGGUUCCAAUAAAGGUUAUUGUCGGAUAUUUUCUAUGUAUUAAAAUGAUAGAAUGGUGUGAAAUAUUAAAAGCAUUCCUACCCUUCAUUUCGAAGACCA